AAAGGGAUACAAAAGAGAACUAACAGAAGAUGAUAUGUACCAACAUAGAAGAAAACAUGAUUCUGGAAAACUUGGAGAUCGAAUGGAGGCAGCUUGGGAUCGUCAGGUAGCAAAAAAUGACAAUCCCUCCCUGAUGAAGGCUCUAUGUAGUGUUUUUCUUCUGGAACUCGUCCUAUUGGGAACUAUAUUGGUUGUAUCAGAAAUUAUCAGAAUGUCCCAACCGUUACUGAUUUCGAGACUCCUCACAAUUUUCGAUACCAAUCAAGUAGACGCCGAUAGAAGCGACGCUUAUCAGUGCGCCGUGAUGAUAGUAGUAUCCGCCCUCCUGAACGUCUUAUGCAUUCACAACUUCAACUUCCGAAUAAUGCAAGUGGGAAUGAAGAUGAGAGUGGCAUUGUGUUCACUGAUAUACAGAAAAGCGAUGAGACUAAGUACUUCUGCUUUGGCAGAAACCACUAUUGGACAGAUGGUCAACUUAUUGACAAACGACGUAGGAAGAUUCGAUCAGGCUACUCAUUUCAUACAUCAUCUAUGGAUGGCUCCAACGGAGUUAUUUGUGGUUAUGUAUCUUUGCUAUAACAACGUUGGAUAUACUGGCUUGACUGGCAUUUUAUUUUUGUUACUAUCCAUUCCACUUCAGACAUUGUUGGGCAAUAGAAUUUCAAAAUUCCGGUUAACGAUAGCCUACCGAACAGAUGAACGAGUUCGUCUGAUGAAUGAGAUAAUUUCUGGGAUUCAAGUCAUAAAAAUGUACACUUGGGAAAAGCCAUUUUCCAAGCUGGUGGAAACUGUGAGAAAGAGAGAAAUGAAAUACAUCAAGUUGGCAUCCACAAUACGAGCAAUCAUGAGUUCAUUUUCAAUAAGCUUGAACAGAACCGCAGUGUUCACGUGUAUCAUCACCUACGUACUCACAGGAAACACACUCAACUCCGCCUAUGCCUUUACCGUCACUUCCUACUACAGACUCCUGAACGGCCUCAGCAUGUUCUUCCCUCAAGCCGUAUCUCAAGUAUCUGAAAUGCUCAUCUCCAUCAAGAGGAUACGUUCUUUUCUGCUGUACGAGGAAAUUGAACGUAAUACUACAGAUGAUGGCAACAAAAACCCCAGCGGAAGGAAUGCUAAGCCCUCACCACGCACGAAUCCUACAAGUAAGGAUUCUGGAAUUCAUUUGAAUAGGGUUUCUGUGAGAUGGUUGAAGUCUAACCCGGAUAAUAACCUGCACAAUGUGACAAUGAAUAUCGAAUCAGGGCAAUUAGUUGCUGUUGUUGGAUCUGUGGGAAGUGGAAAAACGACUUUGNGAAGGAUUUCAUAUGCGUCGCAGGAACCAUGGCUCUUUGGAGGUAGCGUCCGUCAAAACAUUCUCUUCGGUCAGAAAUUCGAUCAGCAGAAGUACGACGAAGUUGUGAGAGUUUGCGCCUUGAAGAGGGAUUUCACCCUAUUUCCCCAUGGAGACAGAACACUAGCAGGAGAGAGAGGAGUGUCUCUCAGUGGUGGACAAAGAGCAAGAAUAAACCUAGCGAGGGCGAUCUACAAAGACGCUGACAUUUAUCUUCUAGACGACCCUUUGUCUGCUGUGGACACCCACGUGGCAAAACAGCUUUUCGAAGAUUGUAUUUGCGGCUACUUGGCCAAAAAAUGCGUGGUCUUGGUAACUCAUCAGCUUCAGUUCUUGAAGCACGUGCCUAGCAUAUAUUUGCUGGAGAAAGGGAAGGUUCUUGUAUCUGGAUCUUACGAAGAUAUCAGGAACUCCAACUCCUCUUUCACGAAACUAUUGCAUGACAUCGAAGAGGAAGAAGAGGAGCAUAGAAGGAAGUCACGCAUGACUCUGGCGAAAGUGGAGGCUGUGGAGAAUGAGGUACAAGUUCUGGAGAAAGAGGCAACUGCCAAGGGAAGUAUAUCCUGGCAUGUAUACAAAAGUUAUAUGAAAGCUGGAGGAAAUAUUUUGAAAGCGGCCACGGUGCUGCUUAUUUUUGUAAUGUCGCAGGCGGUGGACAGUUUCUCUGACUAUUUCAUAACAUUCUGGGUUAACGUACAACAGGCAACAUCUAGAAAAUUACUGCAGAGUACUGUUCCAAACGUAACAUUAGCUGUGACUCAAUCUACCGUACUAGCAAAUUCAACCUCAUCAUUAAAGAGUACCGAGUUAUUUCAAGCAACUGGCAAUACAAUUACCGAAUCAGCAAUGAAAGUUACUGCUAUGGCUUCGUUAUUGACCUCAAACGUGACACCAACUGGAAACUUUUCUUCAGCUGAAUAUCCUUUCGAAGAAUGGUGGCUGACACCCCUAUUCACAGGACCCAGUACUCCCAUUUACUAUUCGAUGCUGGUCGUUUGCAGCAUUAGUUUAACCUACCUUGGAUCUCUAUCCUUCUACAGAUGGUGUCUCACUGCUUCCACGCGGAUGCAUAACAGGAUGUUCAAUAACAUAGUGCACAGUCCAAUGCGGUUCUUCAAUAUCAAUCCCUGUGGUCGUGUUCUCAACAGGUUUUCCAAAGAUAUCGGUACUCUCGAUGAAUCCCUGCCUGCGACUAUGUUGGAUACAAUUCAGAUUGGACUCUGUGUUGCUGCAAUUAGUACUGUUAUUGGAUCCCUCAGCAUAUGGAUUCUUGUACCCACCGUUAUUGUAUUUGCUGUAUUCUAUUUGAUAAGGGUAGUGUUUCUGCAAACCAGUAGAGAUGUCAAAAGAGUAGAAUCAAUCACUCGGAGUCCCAUCUUCACCCAUCUGGCAGCAUCUUUACAAGGACUAACGACUAUCAGAGCCUUCAAAGCUGAGGAGAUUCUCAAGAAUGAAUUUGAUAACUACCAAAACCACAACAGUGCAGCAUUCUUUAUGUUUCUGGGUGCCAAUAGGACAUUUGGUUUUUUGCUGGAUUUCAUUUGUGUUAUCUACAUAGCUGCUGUAUUGGCAACACUGUUGCUUGUCAAAGGUGAAACUUUUGGAGGAAACAUUGGUUUGGCCCUCACCCAGGCCAUGGGUUUGAUGGGAAUGUUUCAAUAUGGAAUGCGGCAGUGGAGUGAACUGGAGAAUCAGAUGACGUCAGUGGAGAGAGUGCAAGAAUAUGCUGAUCUGAAGCAUGAAGCUGAAAAUAUGGUUAGACCAACCCCAAAGAACUGGCCUGAAGCUGGAAACAUUGAAUUUAGAAAUUUGAAUCUUCGGUACUCCCCCACUGACCCAUACGUGUUGAAGAAUCUUAGUUUUUCCAUUAAGGCGAAAGAGAAAGUUGGCAUAGUGGGGAGAACGGGUGCAGGAAAAUCGUCGCUUAUACAAGCUCUCUUCCGAUUGGCUGAUAUUGAUGGGGAAGGAGGAAUUUUCAUUGACAAUAUCGACACAAAAUCUAUUUCAUUACAUAAACUCAGAUCGAGUAUUUCUAUCAUCCCCCAAGAACCUGUUCUGUUUUCUGGAACACUGAGGAAGAACUUGGAUCCUUUCGAUGAAUAUGAAGAUGAGAUCCUUUGGAGUGCUCUGGAAGAGGUGGAACUGAAGAAAGCUGUUGAUGACCUUCCUUCAGGUCUGGACAGUAAAAUGGCUGAAGGUGGUUCUAAUUUCAGCGUGGGACAAAGACAGCUAGUAUGCUUAGCCAGAGCCAUUCUGCGAAGAAACAAAGUCCUAGUUCUGGAUGAAGCCACUGCCAACGUUGAUCCGCAUACAGACGCUCUCAUUCAAUCAACAAUCCGGAAGAGGUUUGCAGACUGUACAGUGCUAACUAUCGCCCAUAGACUGCAUACAAUCAUGGACUCGGAUAAGGUGCUGGUGAUGGAUGCUGGUCAAGCUGCCGAAUUCGGUCAUCCACAUUUACUUCUGAAGAAUGAAGGAGGUGUUUUUUAUUCCUUGGUAUUGCAGACUGGUAAAGCGCAUGCUAAGAAUUUGAUGACCAUUGCUGAAGAAAAGUUCAAUCGUGAUCAACAAAAGGAUAGAGAAACGUAGUUCAACAAUAAUUGAAUGAUUCUAUGUAAUUUAGGUCUUUGAAUUUCCCCAGUUUCGAAUGGGCAGUGCGAGAUGACAGGGUUCUUUUAAAGACGUGAGUCUCAUAUUGAAAUUCGUCAUAUUGGCAAUGAUUUGAAAUAUCAAAAAUGUUGGAAAUAUGUUCCAUGAUUUUUUGUGAUUUCAAUAAAUUUUUGCAAAUUUC